AUGGUUUCUUUUAAUAAAUCUGGAAAGCGUAAAGUAGUUGGUCUAACUACUGUUUUCUUGAUUGCUCACUUGAUUUCUGAGGGUCUAUUAUUGAGUACACUCUCCCAAGUUAAUUGUACUAAUUCAGAAGAUUUUAAAAGUUGCAAAAAAGAAAUUGAUCACGAACUGCAAUCAAAUGGGUUCUCAAAUGCGGCUCCUUCAUAUCCUGCAAUGGCACUUUCUGUCACAGCCCUGUCGGGAAUAGUGAUACAACUUGAGCAAUUGUACCAACUUAGAAUAAAUAUCAAACCUUUAAUUAGAAAGUAG